AACAACAACAGCAACAACAACAACAGCAACAACAACAUCAACAUCAACAGCAGCAAUACCAACAAGUACCACCGCAAAUGCCAUUUCAACAGCAGUUACAAAAGCAGCCACAACGAGCACAACCAAGACCACAAAUGCAGACACAACAGCAGUGCUUCACGCCGCAAAUGCUCCCUAAUGGUCCGCAAUUGACGCAGAAGCAGCCAAUCGGUCAAUCGUGCCACACCAGUCCAACUUCAUCCUUUUCAUUAACGCCGCCAUCUACACCCCAGACUGGAGGAAAUGCAGCAGCCCAUAUUAGUCCACAAGCCGAGGGAAAAUCAUAUGGUGGAGUUGUGGCAGAAGAGCCAAGAAUCUGCAUUCCACUCCGAGAGGGCUUGCUAAUGCCUGCCUUCAAGAUCGAGCACAACCUUACUGUGAGCAAUCACGUAUUCGACUUGAAACAGGAGCAGAUGAGUUACUUGGCUAAUUUGGCCAAAGAAGUAGAUGUGGCAAUCAGAUGCUAUAAGAGCGACGACCUGUCGCUGCUGUGCGACUGGCCGCGCGGCGUUUCGGUGACAGUCAACGCUCACAUCAUCAACUACGACAUGCCUGCCGAGUGGUCAAAUAAGCCGAUUUUCGUACCCAGCAAGCUGCUGCUACCGGGAAGAAAUACGCUCCAGAUAACGCUGACGGCUUGUAGUUGCGACUUUUUCCAGAAUCACACAUUCAUGGUUCAUAUGGUUCAUCGACCGAGCAUCAAGAACGUGGUUCAGAAUUUGAAGGAUCAUAAACGUCCUGAAACAUUCAAUGAUAUUAUAGCCAAUAUCAAAAAUUUGAUUACAAUCACCAGGAAAGAACUUGGCGGUUACAGCAAAAACACCGGAAGAAUCAAGUGUUCACUCAACGAUCGGUUGACCCGCAAAAGGAUAAUCAUCCCUGUACGGACAUUGGAUUGCGACCACAUAGAAUGUUUCGAUUUAGAGCCAUUCCUUCACUUCAAUUUGGAUCGAAUGAACUGGAGUUGUCCCAUUUGCUUCAAAUCGGUGUCAUUGGACAGAGUGAAAAUUUGCGGCUAUAUCGGCAGCGUACUGCAAAGUCAAAAAACUAUUCACGCGUCGGAGAUCGAGAUCGAUUACGACACCAACUGGUAUCCCGUGAUCGCGAACAACAACGUCAACAGCAACGCACCGAGCAUCGACGUAGCAAAACGCGAUCUCGGCAUGAAAACUGGAUCACCGCCGGUCGGCCACAAUCAAUGGCAGGACUCGACGCCCAUGAGUCCGUACGUGAACAACGAAAUGCCUAUCGUGAACCAAUACAAUUCCGUGCCCAUGAACCAGCCGAUGUACGGCAGUCCGGCUCAUCGCGGAUCCUCGACGCCUGCGCAACCUUGUCUGACCGAAAGACCCAUACCGUCGAACGAUCCCUCAUCGACGGAGCUGCUUGCGAAUCUGCCGACGCCGAACACUCCCGGAAACACAAGCGGUGGAUCGCCACACGACAUGGGUACGGCACUAGAUCAAACGACACAGAUCGAUAACGACAAGGAGACGUUACAAAAUAUGGAAGACCCGCUGGUUCUUCUGCCUUACCUUAACAUGAAACUGUCACCAAUUCUUCCCGAUAUAAUGGAAUUGGACAGACGCGAAAAACAGGAUAAUGGGGGUUAUCAAUUGGCGGGACAUCAGUCGAACGCUAUUCCAUCCAAUACGAUACAACCAGAUAUUCCGGAUCUCGAUACCCCACCGAAUAGCGGCAGAAGCAACACUGCUGAUUUAAAUUCAACAGAUGACAUUCUUGCUCUGUUCGAAUAAACAAAAGUCAUAAGAGUUCUAUCUUAACUUAGGUAUUUUUAAAACUACCCCAUUUGUUGAGUAUUAAUUAAUGUACUUAUUAAUUAUACUAAGUUAGUUUAGUAAACAUUGAUAGUUCCUAAUCAAAAAAAUAAGUAGUUGAUAAAACCGUUGCGUUAAAACUACUACGAAUCGUGGUUGAGUUCAAAUGGCAUGAGUAAUUGUUUUGGAGGAGAAUCUGAAUCGCUGCAGAAAAGUAACUAAAAUCUUUCUUCUUCUAAGUUUUUUUUAUUAUUAUUAUUAUUAUUCAUGACAUUUUAAGUAAAUGCGAGGUAUUUGUUACUAAAGCUCUGAUAAAGAAUACCUACCAAUUAUUAUCAAUUACUAAUGAUAAACUGCUUCACCUUUGUUUAUUUUUAUAAGUUUGAACUAAGUUCAAGUAAUAUUUGAGUAUUCACAAAACUCUUUAUAAGCUUUCAAGUUGCGCAUGAAGUAACAAAAAAUACCUCCCUUACUAAACAAUAAUUAUUUACGAUUCAAUAAAUAUAUAUUCCUGUAUUUAUAUUCGUGAUAAGUCAGUGAAUGUUUUUUUUGUCAUUAUAAAACGGUAAUAACUGCAACGCAAUUACGAAAAAAUAACAAUCAGUGUCAAUACUCCAAUCAAUUCGACAUUUAUAUGACUGGUUGAGUUAAAAUUAUGUGAAUAUGUGAAUGACUUCGGGUUACAGCUUAAAAUCAAACGAGCAGCUUUGUUAUUGUGGCAUUUCAUUCAUAAAACCGAACUUUCAUUGUUCAUAUACCAAUGUUGUAAUGGAAAUUUUCACUGCAACCAUGCAAAAAAUGUUAGGCCUUGAUUUGAGCAUAACAAGACAUUCGAAUAUUUUUUCGACUUCCAUUCAUUCGAGUCAAUUAAUUCUCAACCAUUGAUACAGUACUGAAACAAUAUAACAUUCAAAGUCAUCGAGCACGGUUGUACAGAUAACCGAAUAGGAAAAAUCUGUACAAAUAUUAUGGUAACUUUUUUUGUUUACUAAUCUUUGUACAUAUUAUUAGAUAGUUAAGUAAAUCUAAAUUUUAAAGUAGGAGCUUUCAGGGAUCAUGACAGAAUUCUAUUAAUAAGUUUCAAUCUUUUUAUAUACAUUAUAUACAUUGUAAUGUACACACUUAUGGUAGUUUGAGAAUCAGAAACUUUUGGACUGGAGAAAAUAUAAUAUGCCAAAUUACUUUUUUACUUAAGGAGGUAAAAAAAAUUAUGCAUAAUUCAUUUUAUAUGAUAUCGGUGAGACAGGCUCAUUAUUGUAAAUAUUAGUUUUUUAAGUGAAAGGUUUAAGAUUUUUUAAAUGAUAUAAUUGAACCGUUUUAUAGUCAGUUAAGAUAUUUCAUAUUUUUAUGAUGAGAUUAUGUAGAUUAUACAUAAUAAAAAGUCUUAUCUAAUAAGUUCGUAAGUUCGGACAAACGAAGGACAUAUUUUACGCAACGAAUUAAAAUCGGAUAAAUAAAUGCAACUAUAAACAAAAUCUUGCAAUUGUUAAGAUUUAGAAAUAACAGCUUAUGGGAAAGAAACAAAACGCUGGACGUUUUAGCACAAAUAGUCUUCGGAGUUUAGGUAUAAACGUCCAAGCCCGUGAAAAACGUCGUAGUGUUUCCCGGCGUAACGUACACUUUUAUGUCUUUUUUUUAGUAAUAUUAUAAGCAUACGUAUUUUCAAAAGUUUCUAUUCUCACUAGCGGAAUUUAGAAGUUUUUUCUCUUGCAUCGGUCGAGCCGAUACGUAGCUCUCUGCGACGAUUACUUGCCGCAUGCAAAUACAUAGUCGAGAAAAAACUCGAGAUCCUUGAAAGCUCAGUUUUACAUUGACGAUGCAUGAAAAUAAUAAUUAGAUUUGCGAAGACUGUGAUGAUUGAAAUAUCGAUAAAAACUUACGAAAAAUAACGGAAAAAAAUUGUAAAAAAACGAACAAAAAAA